CCGCGAUCCACUAGACAAAGCGGCUCUGCUGAGGUAUGCUGUUUGGAGAAUAGGUUCUGUGAUCUUAGAGGAGGAGUAGAAAAUGAACAAAUCCCAGAAAUGUGCUGUUCAGGGAUCUGUAUCAUUCAAGGAUGUAACUGUGAACUUCACCCGGGAUGAGUGGCUACGACUAAAUGGUACUCAGAGGACCCUGUACCGGGAUGUCAUGCUGGAGAAUUAUAGCCACCUGGUCUCUGUAGGAUGUUGCAUCACCAAACCUGACAUGAUUUUCAAGUUGGAGCAAGGAGAAGAGCCAUGGACAUUAGAUGGAGAAUUCCCAGGUCGAGGUUAUCCACAAGUCCAGAAAUUAGAUGACCUGAUAAAGAGAAGCCAGGAAAACCAACAUAAACACUUGUGGGGCACUUCACAUCUCAGCAACAAUACAUUCUCUAAGAAGAGAGAGAAGGUUUUUGGAAAAACACUUCAUCUGGAUACAAACCUAGUUUCUUUAAGAAAAACACCCUGUCAGUAUUAUUUAAGUGGAACCAAAUAUGUUUCAGAAUCAAGUAUUAGUGAUAAAAAUCUGCCAAGUAAGAACUCUUAUGAAAUUAAUAUAUGUGAAAAGUUGCCUUUUGAUACUAAGCAAGAAACGACUCACACUGGAAAUAAAGGUAAUGAAUAUAACCAAGAUGGGAAAUCCUCAAAUCUUAAUGAACAAUUAAUUGAACAUCAGAAGAUCCAAACUUUGGGACCACCUUUGGAAGACAAUGAAUGUGGGAGCACCUUCCCCAAGAAGGCAGCCAUUAUCACACAUAAGAUAUCUAAAACAGGAGAGAUAUCCUGUGAUCCUAAGCAACACGGGGAAAAUGUCAGUGCCAUGUCAUCCCCCAACGUUCACCAAGAACCUUUCCCAAGGAGGAAUCACUCUGAAGUUAAUAAGUGUGAGAAGUUAACUCUCCUUAAAAAUCAGAAAGCUAAUACAAGAGAGAAAAUCCAUGAACCUAAUGAAAAUGAGAAUUUCAGCAGUAAGUCACAUCCCAUACAUCCUCAUAAAACUCACACUGGAAAGAGAACCUUUGAAUGUAGUCAUUGCCAGAAAUCUUUUCAAAGGAUACAUACAAGAGAGAAACCAUGUGAAAACAAAUUACAACUCAGUGACUCACAGAUAACUUACCCAAGAGAGAAACCUAAUGAAUGUGAUAAAACCCCUGUGAAGUCAUCCCUCAAUUAUCACCAGAGAACACAGUCAGAAAAGAAACUUUAUGUAUGCAAUGACUGUAAGAAACCUUUUCGUCAUAGCUCAGCCCUAAGAGUCCAUCAGAGAAUUCACACAGGAGAAAAACCCUAUCAAUGUAAUGAAUGUGGGAAAUCUUUCUAUGCAAAAUCAAACUUCAUUCAUCAUCAAAGAACUCACACAGGGGAGAAACCAUAUGAAUGUAAAGAAUGUGGGAAAUCUUUCUGUGUGAAAUCUAACCUAACUAAACACCAAAAAACACAUACAGGGGAGAAACCUUACAAAUGUAAUGAAUGUGGGAAAACUUUCUUCCAGAAGUCACAAUUUGCUGACCAUCAGCGAACACACACAGGGGAGAAACCUUAUGGUUGCAAUGAGUGUGGAAAAUCCUUCUACUAUAAGUCAGCCCUAAGUGUACAUCAAGGGAAGCAUACAGAAGAGAAACGCUAUAAAUGUACAGAGUGUGGGAAAUCCUUCUGCUAUAAGUCAGCCCUAAUUAUACAUCAGGUAAUUCAUACAGGUAAAAAACCCUAUGAUUGUAAUGAAUGUGGGAAAGCCUUUUGUGUGAAGUCAAAUCUCACUAAACAUCAGAAAAUUCACACAGGGGAAAAACCCUAUGGGUGUAAUGAGUGUGGCAAAUCCUUCUCUAUGAAUUCAGUCCUCAUUGUACAUCAGAGAACUCACACAGGGGAAAAACCCUUUGGAUGCAAUGAAUGUGAAAAGUCCUUUUACAAAAAGUCAGCCCUCACUAAACAUAAGAGAACUCACACAGGGGAAAGGCCACAUGAAUGUAACGAAUGUGGGAAGUCCUUCCACAUGAAAUCAACCUUAGUUAUACACCAGAGAACUCACACUGGAGAGAAACCUUAUAAAUGUAAUGAUUGUGAGAAGUCAUUCUAUGUGAAGUCACAUCUUAAUAUUCACCGGAGAAAUCACACAGGAAAGAAACCCCAUGUAUGUAAUGAAUGUGGGAAAGCCUUUUCUAUGAAGUCAAACCUCACUGAUCAUCAGAGAACACAUUCAAAAGAGAAACCCUAUGAAUGUAAUGGAUGUCAGAAAACUUUUCGCCAUAAGUCCACCUUAACUGUACAUCAGAGAACUCAUACAGGAGAGAGACCUUAUAAAUGUAAUGAAUGUGGGAAAUCCUUUUAUAUGAAGUCAGCCCUCAGUCAACAUCAGAGAAUUCACACAGGAGAGAAACCCUAUGAAUGUAAAGAAUGUGGGAAAACCUUCUUCCAAAAAUCACAUCUUACGAAACAUCAGCGAACACACACAGGGGAGAAACCUUAUGAAUGUAACGAGUGUGGGAAAACUUUCUUCCAGAAGUCACAUCUCAUUGAACAUCAGAGAACACACACUGGGGAGAAGCCCCACAAAUGUAAUAAAUGUGGCAAAUCCUUUUGCUAUAAAUCAGCCUUAACCAUUCACCAGCGAACUCACACAGAAGAGAAGCCCUACAAAUGUAAUGAAUGUGAUAAGUCUUUCUGUAUGAAAUCACACCUCACUGUGCAUCAGAGAACUCACACAGGGAAGAACCCUUUUGAAUGUAAUGAAUGUGGGAAAACUUUUUACGUGAAGUCAAACCUCAUCAAUCAUCAGAGAACUCACACAGGGGAGAAGCCAUAUGAAUGUAAUAGAUGUGGGAAAUCUUUCUGUAUGAAGUCAACCCUCACAGUACAUCAGCGAACACACACAGGGGAGAAACCCUAUGAAUGUAAAGAAUGUGGGAAAACCUUCUGCAAGAAAUCAACUCUGACUAGUCAUCAGAUAAUUCACAUAAGAGUGACACCCUAA